AUAGGAUACUAUUUAGUAGAGUUAGAGUUCUAUCUUUGCGUAUAAAAAAUGUCGGUCGCUGCAAAACCUCAGACUCUUCAAACAUCCUCAAGUGAAAAUAAGGAUUUUCUUAAGCCAGAAGAUGGAAGCAGAACGCCGUCUCCACAAAAACGCAGGCAUUCCAAGGAUUCAUCCCCAAGACACAGUAGGCGUGGAAGCUGGUACUCCCCAUCAAAAGAUUUCCUUAAAAACAGCCCUACCUUCAGCAAGGCAAUGGCCAGUGCACAGAGCAAGUUGUCUGAUAUGAAAGCACAGGCAAAGCAACUGAUUCGAAAACCCGCCGCAAUCAUAAGACAAGAUUGGUCAGCUGUUACAGAAUCAGUUGCGGCAGUUGUACCGGAGCAGUUACCACUCCCAACACCUGAGUCUCCCACAGACAUGGCAUGUGAGAUGUUCAAAUCCAACGUUUGGUGGAUGAAGGACAACAAACAAAUGUGGCACCCAUGUGAUAAACACGUCAUAUCUAAGAUAUCGAACUUUGAGUUUAAACACGACCGUGUAUUUGGCUUCUGGGUAAAUCUUGUGACCACAGAGUCAAAGAAUUGUGCGUUUAAAUGGAAACAGGGCGAUGCUAGAAUCGCCUAUUUUGACGUCGUUAAUGAUUUGGACACCGUUAUAGGACCGCCUGACCACCAUUGGAAAAUGCCACUCUGGCUUCGAGCGCAAAGGUUUCGUAUCCACUGCUAUGACAACCCAUGCUGCAUAGACGAACCUCUUAUAUGUACCGAGCAAUGGUUGGAAGACGAGCUAACGUUUAAGCUCCAACAUUCAUCCAAGAAUGCCAGUCCUGUAAGCGGGAGCCCAAAACGUCGGAAUAGAUUCUUAGUUGUCACUUGCGAAAAACCCUUUCUUCCGAAACCGGUUUACAGCAAAAAUCCGAACAGUUGAGAAACACUUUUACGCAUGGCCCAUGAGGAAUAUAGACGUUUAAAACUGAUAGAAAAAACAGAGGCCUAUGUAACGAAUUAGCCAUGAUUAAUACAAACUAACAGUCUAUACAAUGGUAUUAUGAUGUAUAGAUACACAUGUUCAAAUUAUAAUUUUCCAGACCGAGUUAUGACACAUCUUUAUAAUCAUUAAUCUUUUCUGUCAAAAAGUAAAUAAAAGCUCACUUUUUUCUUUAUGUAUUUGUGUCUCGCAUGUGUCACUACUUUUUAAAUAAAUGCAUCACCUUUAA